AUGGAAACAGGGAAGCCCCGCCAUUCGCUCGGAGAAGGAUAUGUACACACGAAGGGCGAGGUCGAAGAACAGCAAAAGGCUGAUGCGAAAGUGGCCCUCUUGGCUUCCUCAACCAAUCACGGCAGCAGCAACAGUAACCAGCGAAAGGACACGUACGGAUUCUAUCCUGCGUCGUCCAUCAGCGACCCAGGUGCAGAUGGAGCGAGACAAAUUGCCCUCUUGCAGUCUGCUCUGAGUAAGAGGCUGGGGCCCGAGUACAUCUCAACAAGAAGCGGGCCGUCUGGGGGGGGAAAGCUCUUUUACCUUGAAGGAUGGAAGGUGAUCGACUUGGCAAACGAGGUUUUUGGCUUCAAUGGAUGGUGCUCGAGCGUCAUGAAGCUCGACAUUGACUUUGUGAGCAUGGACGAGCUUCCUAACAAUCGCUUCAAUGUCGGUGUCACGAGCGUCGUCCGUAUUACACUUCGCGACGGCACCUUCCAUGAGGACGUCGGAUAUGGAAGCUCAGAAAAUUCACCGAAGAAAAGCCAGGCUCUUGAAAAGGCCAAGAAGGAGGCCGUGACCGAUGCUCUCAAGCGCGCAAUGCGCACAUUCGGACGCUUGCUUGGAAAUUGUGUCUACGACAAGAAGUUUGUCGAGAAAGCCUCCAAGAUGAGAGCAAAUCCUGUGAGCCCAAGUCCAGACGUCAUAACGCAUUGGUGGUUGACAUCCACCUCCUUCUACUAG